UGUGGGCGGUGUCUCCGCGGCUCCCCGGCCGUGUGUGGCUGUCGCCGGCGCUGUCCCCGAGCCCGCGGCGUGCAUGGCCCUGCGCGGGCGGCGAUGGCUCCGCGCUGAUGGCCCAGCUCGCCAUGGCUGCCAGAGAGGAGCUGUACAGCAAAGUCAUCCCCCGGCGGAACCGCCAGCCCCGCGCCGGGACCAUCAAACAUGGCUCAUCGCUGGAGAUCCUGCUCUCCAUGGGCUUCCCCAAGGCACGGGCACAAAAAGCGCUGGCAUCCACAGGUGGAAGGAGUGUCCAAGCAGCAUGCGACUGGCUCUUCUCCCACGUGGGUGACCCGUUCCUGGAUGACACCCUGCCCCGGGAGUACGUCCUGUACCUGCGCCCCACCGGGCCCCUGGCGCAGAAGCUCUCGGAGUUCUGGCAGCAGUCGAAGCAGAUCUGUGGCAAGAACAAAGCUCACAACAUCUUCCCACACAUCACCCUUUGCCAGUUCUUCAUGUGCGAGGACAGCAAGGUGGAUGCUCUCACGGAGGCCCUGCAGGCCACGGUGAUGCGCUGGAAAUGCAAAUUCCCUGCCCCGCUGCCCCUGGAGCUCUACACCUCCUCCAACUUCAUCGGGCUCUUCGUCAAGGAGGAAAGCGCUGAGGUGCUCAAGAAGUUUGCUGCAGACUUUGCUGCAGAGGCGGCUUCCAAAGCAGAUGUCCACGUGGAGCCCCACAAGAAGCAGCUCCACGUGACCCUGGCCUAUCACUUCCAGAGCAGCCACCUGCCCACGCUGGAGAAGCUGGCCCAGAGCAUCGAUGUCAAGCUGGGCUGUGACUGGGUGGCCGCGAUCUUCUCCCGGGACAUUCGCUUCGUCAACCACGAGACUCUGCAGGUGAUCUACCCCUACACCCCCCAGAACGACGACGAGCUGGAGCUGGUCCCAGGGGAUUUCAUUUUCAUGUCCCCAGUAGAGCAGACCAGCACGAGUGAGGGUUGGAUUUAUGGCAUUUCCCUUGCCACUGGCUGCUCGGGGCUGCUCCCUGAGAACUACAUCACCAAGGCGGAUGAAUGUGGCACCUGGGUGUUCCACGGGUCCUACUCCAUUCUGAACACCACAUCUUCCCCAUCCUUUCAAGCCUUUGCUGAUGGAGCUCUGGAGAGGAGGCAGCAGGAGGACCAAGGGCCAGGGGACGCUGGGCCGCUCACCAUCAUCUGCCAGAACGUGCAGCCCCUGAGGAUAAGCAGCCAGCCAGGCCCUCAGAAGCGCUGCCUGUUCGUCUGCAGGCACGGCGAGAGGAUGGAUGUGGUUUUUGGGAAGUACUGGCUGUCCCAGUGCUUCGAUGCCAAAGGCAGGUACAUGCGCAGUAACCUGAAUAUGCCUCACAACUUACCUCAGAGGAGUGGUGGUUUCAGGGAUUACGAAAAAGACGCUCCCAUCACCGUGCUGGGCUGCACCCAGGCGAGGCUCGUGGGUGAAGCUUUGCUAGAAACAAACACCAUUGUAGACUACAUCUACAGCUCCCCAUCCCUGCGGUGUGUCCAGACAGCUCACAACAUCCUGAAAGGUAUGCAACAGGAGAACAACCUGAAAAUCCGGAUAGAGCCGGGCCUGUUUGAGUGGACCAAGUGGGUGUCUGGGAGCACCCUGCCAGCCUGGAUCCCCCCUGUGGAUUUAGCUGCAGCUACUCUGAGCGUUGAUACAACCUACAGACCUCAUAUUCCUGUCAGCAAGUUGGUGGUUUCUGAGUCCUACGAUACCUACAUAAGCAGAAGCUACCAAGUCACAAAGGAGAUCAUCAGUGAAUGUAAAGGCAAAGGAAAUAACAUCCUGAUAGUGGCUCAUGCAUCCUCCCUGGAGGCCUGUACCUGCCAGCUCCAAGGGCUCUCGCCUCAGAACUCCAAGGAUUUUGUACAGAUGGUCCGAAAGAUUCCCUACCUGGGGUUUUGCUCCUGCGAAGAACUGGGGGACACUGGUGUUUGGCAGCUCACAGACCCUCCCAUCCUCCCUCUCACACAUGGACCAACUGGAGGCUUUAACUGGAGAGAAACCCUCCUGCAGGAGUAGGGAAAACCCCAGCAAGGACAGCCCAUGGCCUUUCCCAGCGUUGGAGAACGUCUCUUCUUCCUUGUGUUUUAUUGGCAGCGGGAAAAAAAACCCUCUUCAUCUGUUCAGUGGCUCACUCAAAGCACAUCUCACACGGCCACAGGCGUGCAGAAACAAAAUUUACAACAUUUACAACAAAAGGGGCUGAUUUGAGAGGGGGAAAAAGUUAUUAAAAUACAGCUUGAGGCUCUUGCCUCGAGGGUUGGUUUCCCCACCUUGAAGGGAGCUCUGGUGACACUUUCACUGCACCACGGUAGAAACACUGAGCCCUGUGUCAGGCAGGAUGCUGGGCUUGUUUUCUCACUGCUAUUUUUGCAAAGUGUCUGCAGGCUUGUUCAGCACCUCGUGCUCGCUCUGCUCCCAGCCCCCAAAGCCUCAGCGCCUUCCAGAAAAAUAAAAACCUGUCCCCAAGGCUGGAAA